AUGUGGCCGGGUCAAAAAUUUUCGUUGGCGUUGGACGAAUUCUCAACCGAUUCUGUUAUAUUCUACGAAGAAACAGCUUUUCAAUCUAUUUUGGUCUUCCGAUCGGCUCAAUAUGGCAACGUUCUGGUACUCGAUGGUGCGAUUCAAUUAACCGAACGUGAUGAAUUUGCAUUUCAUGAAAUGAUGGUUCAUUUACCACUGUGUGCGCACUCAAACCCUCAACGCAUUCUGAUCGUCGGAGGCGGAGAUGGUGGCAUACUGAGAGAGAUAUGUCGACAUGACUGUGUAAAAGAAAUCGUGCUCGUUGAAAUAGAUCCAGUUGUGAUCCAAGUCUCGAAAAAGUUCUUCAGCAACUCGACAGCGACGAGAUUCGACGACCCGAGAUUGCGAAUCAUACAUGCCGAUGCCGCCGAUUUCUUGAAAGAUCAAAAGGACGCAUUUGAUGUCAUCAUUGGCGACACUUCUGAUCCGGUUGGACCGGCAACGUCACUUUUCCAACCUACUUUCUACGAAUCUAUGCAUGAAGCCCUACGUGAUCAAGGAAUCAUUUGCAUGCAAGCGGAAAGCAUGUGGAUCCAUUUGGAUCUGAUCUCGGACCUGGUUGCAUGCUGCGAUGAUAUGUUCGAUCACGCUGAAUAUGCAUCAACUAUGGUUCCAACCUAUCCUUGUGGUCAAAUCGGUUUCGUUCUCGCACGCAAAGGGAGUCGGCGAUCAUGCAGAAGCAUUGCACGCCAGCCCAUUUUUGAAAGUGACUUAAAAUGGUACAGUCCUGCCCAACACCGGGCCGCUUUUACCUUGCCUCCCUUCGUCACCGCAAGAUUAGAG